CAUGCUUGAAGGCACGCAUCUUGGAUUGAAUGAAGCUGCACACACACAGCGUUUGCAGGAUCUCACGAUGUUUUUGGGUGGUUUACUCCACCUUUUAGUUCAAUCACUCCGCUCAUUGUUGGUUCCACUCAUCACUGUAUCUAACUCGCUGCAUCCUUUGCACCACUUACUCCAGUUUGGUAGUAAUCACUCCACUGUUAUAAUCGCCAUCGCUACUAGCUAUUCAGGAAAAUCAUACUCACUGCUCACCACUGAGCACGCUGCUAGCGACCACUACGGUACACCUGCCCCGCAAGCGAAGACAGUGCUCCGCGAAUGAAAGUACAACAGCCUCCAGGAGGAAUUGUAUUCUCACCACAGCAAGGGCCAUGCCAGGAAAGGAGAGGAACGCACCAGCGUUCAAUCCAGGCUCCCAUCUGCGACUACACGACGCAGCAUAGCAGGAUCAGGCAAAGUAUCCCUCCGCUCACCAAAGACGCAACCGCAGUCCGCAACCUGAUUGCAGACACCACCAGGCACGCUGCCAGCUCGGCAGAACUCAUCAGGCCAACAACGAGCCCCGUUCCCCGACGGACGACACUGCUCCAUGAUGUAGAACAGACGCCUGACACGCUCCAUCAGUCCCGCUCGCGCUGGCUUACCAACCCGCGCCCAGAUCACCUGCGCCGCAAACGCGGCAGAGACGAGGCUAGCGAAGACGACAUCCUCCUCGCUCCCAAACCGAGUCAGGUAUUCAAACAACGCCUCCGUGUUGUUCCCAUACCCGUGGCAAGUGCACUCGCACUCACCCGCUCGACCCAACGUAGGAAAACAGCCUACCCGUCGCUCCGCAUCCUCACAUACUGCCCUCACGUGCUCCCCACUGUGCCGGUCCAGGCUCAACCGCCCCGCUCGGUUCACCAUCAGAGCAACAACAUCGCUGCGCGACAGCUUAAAAACACCCUGCCCACAGGGUUCUCUCCACAGACGACUACCCAGCCGAAUAUGGAACUCCGUCGCAAAAGCGCGCACAGCGCCCGUGAGCAUCCGCUCCAACUGCCUCAGCACGUCCGGACUCACAUCCUUCCUCGCUGCACACAGUCGUUCCAACAUCUCCACCGUACCACGGAUGUGGGAGCACCACCGGGCUCCCAUUCGCGCCUGCAGAACCUUUCUGCCCUCCUCCGGCUCCGGGCUCAACGCCCAACACUGGUGUACUCGCUGCCGCUUCACGUAGAGAAAAUACGAGCCCAAGCUCUUCGCACUCCCGUGCUUCCCCAUCCUGUCUUGCCGCGCUGCUUCGUCCUCUGCCCGAGGAAAUAGAAG